ACCUGCUUUUUAUAUUUUGCACAAACGGGCUAGUCGAAAUGACAAUAACAUCAAGCAUCAUAUUUUCUUUCUCCAAAACUGUUUCUUAAAAAGGACGCUGCUUGUGUAAUUUAAAACUAACUACAAAUAAACAUGCACACUAUACUAUCACGGCUAAAUGUAGUCUUUGCAUACUGCCUAUCGGUUCUGGCUGCCGUCACUUUUGGUUGCUUUAUAUCUACGUAUAUCGUGCUACCAUCACCUCAGCCAGAUGUGGAAUAUGCUGUCAGCCGACAAGUUGUAAAACAUGUUCGAGAUUUCACAGCAGUAAGGGCGAAAAAUGACAUGGGAUUUGUCAAAUUUAAUUUAAAAAGCGACCUCCAACCACUUUUUCACUGGAACGUUAAACAAUUGUUUUUGUACCUGGUUGCUGAAUACAAAACAGAAAACAAUGAAUUGAACCAAGUUGUGUUAUGGGAUAAAAUUAUACGUCGUGGUGAAAAUGCAUACUUAGAUCUGCACGAGAUGAAUAGCAAGUAUUAUUUCUUUGAUGAUGGAGCUGGCUUGAAAAACCAUCAAAAUAUUACAUUGACUAUCUCUUGGAAUACUAUUCCGAAUGCUGGAAUUCUUCAUCGUAUCCGAUCACCUCACACCUAUCAGUUUUCGUUCCCGAAUUCUUACGUUAGAUAGACUUUUUGUAUUUCUGUUGUAGAAGUUGUGAUAGCAAGAUUCGAAUAUGAUGGGUUGUUUAAUGA